AUGACGCGUCAGAAUCAGAUCCCUACAGAGGACGGUUCACGGGUGACUCUGGCAUUAAUUCCACUCUGGGACAUGUGUAACCACACCAAUGGCCUGAUAACUACCGGUUAUAAUUUAGAGGAUGACCGAUGCGAGUGCGUGGCGUUGCAGGAGUUUAAAGCCGGAGAACAGAUUUACAUUUUUUACGGCACUCGGUCAAACGCUGAGUUUGUCAUCCAUAACGGAUUUUUCUUUGAAAACAAUGCUCAUGACCGGGUGAAGAUAAAACUAGGUGUCAGUAAGAGCGACAGGCUGUACGCCAUGAAGGCCGAGGUCCUAGCCCGAGCAGGCAUCCCGACUUCCAGUGUGUUUGCUCUGCAUGUCACAGAGCCUCCGAUAUCUGCUCAACUGCUGGCCUUUCUUAGAGUCUUCUGCAUGAGUGAAGAGGAGCUGAAGGAACACUUGAUUGGAGAGCAUGCAAUCGAUAAGAUCUUCACUUUGGGGAAUAGCGAGUUUCCUGUCAGUUGGGACAAUGAGAUCAAGCUGUGGACUUUCCUGGAGGCGCGAGCUUCACUACUGCUGAAGACCUACAGAACCACCAUAGAGGAGGAUAAACACCUUUUAGAGCAAGGCAACCUAUCACUUCAUGCAGUAAUGGCUGUCAAACUGCGUUUGGUGGAGAAGGAGAUCUUGGAGAAAGCCGUAAAAAGUGCUUCCGAUAACCGCAAGCUGUACAGCAAACGAUUAGAGGAUGGUGACCCGCUCCCAAAAUACGAAGAAAGCAACAUCGCCUUUUUGGAGAACACUGCGUCAGACUCCAAACUUCCCCUGGUGCUAAGAAACCUUGACGAAGAAGACAUGGAGCCGGCUGAGCUCAAAAUCCAAGAGGCUCUCACCAUUUCUGAAUUCACCGAAAAUGGUUACGUCAAUGGAAAAGACUCUCUGCUCAAUGGGACCAAGUCUGAAAGCGCUACCGUCCUCCCAGAGGAGGAAGCAACCAAAGACGCCAAAGAGAUUUCUGCGGAGUGCACCGAUACGGCUAAAGUGCAAUUGUGA